AAAUCGAAACUCAGUUGUAUCCAAAGUCAGCUGAAUCGAAGCUGCAAGGAUAUAAGCAGGAUACAUACCGCAGCAAAAAUUGAACAAAAAUGGGGAAUCAAAGAACUGCUGUGAGCGGUGUACUUCGAUGUUAUCGUUUUAUGUAAUUUAGGAUCGAAUUUUGACUUAAUUUAAGAUGGAAAGUGGAAAUGAUGUUGACAAACUGAACAAGUACGCGGAGGGAAAAAAAUGGUUACUUGAAUAUGAGGUCCUUGGCUCUGUUGGCCCAGACCACAAUAAAACAUUCACCCAGAGGGUAGUCCUGAAUGGUAAAGUCUAUCCUGAGGGUGUGGGGAAGACGAAAAAGGAAGCCAAGCAAGAUGCUGCUAAAAAUGCCCUGAGAGACUUGUCAGGGGGCGCACAUCAGACUGCAGAUGUCAAUUACAACCCUACACCAACUCAACACAAUUUCAUUGGAUUAAUUGACAACUACUGCCGGAAAAAAAACCGCUGCCAUACAUUCAUCGAAGAAAGAAGAUGGGGACCAGCCCAUGAGCCUCAAUUUUCCUACAGAUUAAUAAUCGAAGACAAGAAGUAUCCUGUGGCUGAGGGAAGGACUAACAAGGAAGCCAAACAAAAUGCAGCUAAACUCGCCUGGUUUGCCCUUCAAGAGCAGUCGGACUGGGACAGCAAGUUGUCCGUCAGAUCAACAGUGUCUGAAGGUGGUGCACCGCCUGUGUUGUCAACGCCAUCAACUCCCCUGGGUUCGUAUGAGGCAUCGUCACAAAGAACGUCAACAAGUACAAGUCCCUCAAUAACAUUCGAAGAUUCAACAAACCCUUCCCAAGCUCAGAUGCCCUUAGAGUCUGAAAGUGAUACCCCAACCAGGUUGUCAAAUUCACUAGAGUCUAUUUCAUCGUCACAAAGCAUGUCCACGGGUACAAGUGGCUCUGGAAUAUUCACAGAUUCAUCAAACUCUUCCAAGGAUCAGCAUCCUGUCAAAGACAAGAUCAUAGGAAAUACUGAAAAUCAGACAUCCACCCUUUCAAGGUUUACUGAUGAAUUUGAUGUCACUGGGUGUCUUGGAAAAGGGGCCUACGGUUGUGUUUACGCAGCAAGAGACAAACUGCUGAAACAGGGUUUUGCUGUAAAGAUUGUCCGCAGUAACGAGAAAGCUCUUCGAGAGGUGGGGACAUUGUCAAAGCUUCUCCACUGUAACAUCGUCAGAUACUACACAUGUUGGAUGGAGGAUUCAAGAUACCAAGGUCACAUUGCAGCUGGAAACUCAGCUGGCAGUUUCAGCUCUUCCCAGUCUAUAGAGGAUCCAUCAGCAAAGUACCUCUAUAUUCAGAUGGAGUUAUGCAAAACAAAAACCCUUAAGAAGUGGAUAAAGGAGAAGAACACUCAGUCUCUGCAAGACUCCAAGAGAAGACAAGAAAGUGUAGCCAUUGCUCAGCAAAUAGUCUGUGGAGUCGAAUAUAUUCACUCCAUGGGGCACAUCCACAGAGACCUUAAGCCUGAAAACAUCCUGUUUGGAGUGGAUGAAAAAGUGAAGAUCGGCGACUUUGGUAUGGUCACCAAAGAUGAUGAUGAUGAUGAUGAUGACACCGCUUUAAUGGAGAGAACUGGACUCAGAGGAACAUCGACUUACAUGGCUCCUGAGCAAAUAACGGGGAAGACCUAUGACCGAAAAGUGGACAUAUUUGCUCUGGGGUUGAUAUACUUUGAACUCCUUUGGAAACUCUCUACUGGCCACGAAAGAGGAGUGGUUUGGAAUGAUGCCAGAAGUCAGAAGCUCCCUGAAGAGUUUUCACUGACUUUUGCCAAAGAGAACGAAAUCAUCAAGUUAAUGCUGCGUGAGAAGCCAGAAGACCGUCCUGAAGCAAUUAAACUAAUGGCAGAGCUGGAAAAAUGGGCUCAGACACAAAAUAUGGAUCAGGAAAGGGCUACAGUCUAAUCAUCUGGAGAUCUCUCUGUUCGAUGUCUGUCAUAGGAUACAAUUAUUUUAUUUGUUAUAAAUAUAUGUAGAGAAAUGGUUAAGGGAUUGACUGCACUUCUCUGGCACUUUAUCUGAACUUUAACAAAAAAAGGGACACUAUAUGCUGAUUUUCAGUUUUCAUAUUUGUAUUUUGUGCCUUUAUGUGUUAACAUGCUUUAAUCUUGAAAUAUAUAUUUAUUUUUCUCUAACUGCCUGCGUUGCAGCACCUCUUUUCACCCUCUGUCUGAAACCAGUUAACUGUGCCUUGAGAAUUCUGAAUAAAUCACCAACAGUGA